AUGUCCAUUGCCGAGAAAACAAAUAAAGACUCGUUCGUCGACGACAAACUUGUCACAAGCCAACACCACGAAAGCCCAAGCGUCGUGGAUGAAAAACCUGAUCUAAGAGCAAGAGGAGACUACUCUGGUGCUCAAGAGAAGACUGAUCCAGUCGAAAUCCGCCUCGUACGCAAGCUUGACUUGUGGAUAAUGCCAACUCUCUGGCUAAUGUUCUGGUUGAAUUACCUGGACCGGAAUGCUAUCGCCUUAGCACGUCUAAACGAUUUGGAAGAGGACCUGAACUUGUCGUCGUCCGAAUACCAGACCUGCGUUUCUAUUCUAUUUGUUGGAUAUAUCUUGGGACAAAUCCCAAGCAACAUGAUCUUAACAAGGGUUAGACCUUCGUGGUACAUGGCUGGAUUUAUGGCCCUAUGGGCAGCUGUCAGUGCUCUGACUGCCCUGGCCAAAGACUUUAAAGGGUUACUACUCACAAGGUUCUUCCUUGGUAUAACGGAGGCUCCAUUCUAUGCAGGUGCCCUUUACUUGCUGUCGAUAUUUUACAACCGCAAGGAAAUAGCUACUCGCAUUUCUAUCCUCUAUACUGGGAAUAUCCUAGCCACUGCCUUCGCAGGUUUGAUCGCUGCUGGAGUCUUCCAUGGUAUGGAUGAACUCGCCGGGAUCAGGGGAUGGCAAUGGUUGUUUAUCCUCCAGGGCACUGUGACAUUUGUUGUUGCUGUGCUCUCGGUUUUCACCCUCCCAGAUGAUCCCCGAAACACACGCUGGCUUUCUCCCGAGGAGCGACAACUCGCAUAUGAGCGAAUUGUUGCUGAUACCGUGGGAGCACGGCAGCAAUCAAGCACAUUCAGCGGCUUAAAAGAGGCCGCAACUGACCCUCGGCUCUGGCUCUUCGCCUUUAUGCAACAUAUGCAUCUUGCCGCGAAUGGAUUCAAGAAUUUCUUUCCUACUGCUGUUGAGACCCUUGGAUUCAGCACGACAAUAACACUGGUCCUUACCUGUCCACCAUAUUUGAUCGCUGGGGCCUUCUCUGUUUACUGGUCAUGGAAUUCUGGACGAACGAAUGAGCGUACAUGGCACAUCACUAUCGCCAAAUCAAUAGCUAUCUUUGGAUUUGUCUUGGGAUGUGCAACGCUAAACACUGGUGCUCGGUACUUCUCUAUGAUUGUGUUUGCCAUUGGUACCUACGCGGUAAACAGCAUUAUUCUCGGCUGGGUGUCCAGCACCUGCGGGCAGACAAACGAGAAGAAGGCGUCGUCGUUGGCCAUAGUCAACACAAUUGCUAAUAUCUCAUUUAUUUGGACCCCUUACUUGUGGCCAUCCUCGGACGAGCCCCGUUACACAAUCGCCAUGUCAUCCAGCGCGGCUUUCAGUCUUGCUUGCCUUUCCGGCGCAUGGAUCAUGAAGCUAUGGCUUGUCCAGCUGAACAAAAAAAUACGCCAGUCAAACGACGAAAGCCGAUUGUAUUACGCAUAUUAA